AUGAAUCGAGAAGCUUCUUCAUCUCGCAGUCGUCGUGAUGCUGAGGACUGGCGAACUGCGGACCCGUUGCACGACCGCUACGGUUAUUCCAGCUCCACCAAAGACAAUUAUGGCAGUUCUAGUAGGGAUGACCAUGACACCUCAGACCAACGAGAGGCAGAUUCUCGGGCUACUCGUGGUAGCUCUGACGUCCAUGCUCCAGGUCGAUCGUGGGAUGGAUACAGUCAAGACUAUCCCCCACCAUCCCAUCCGGAGUCAUCGUCAUGGGCACCUUCCCGUUAUGACAGAUCCAACGGCUAUGAUCAAUGGCCAGAAGGUAAAUCUAUGUCCGGGCACCACCGGGAGAGGGGUAGAAGUCGAUAUUCCGACGACAGGCAAAGUGAGGGAUGGGUGAGGGAUGACCGUAGGGAAGGUGGUGGCUGGCGACGUGAUUCAGGUUGGGAACAACAACAAGCUGAGGACCAGCCUCGUCCAUGGGAGGAAUCCUCCAGGCCAUUGUCAGGACCACUCUCAGAGAAUUCCAGGCGCGAGGAUCGCUCUUGGGAGCCAGCCGCCUCAUGGCAAUCAAAUCCUCGCACUGGCACCCAAGGACAACGCAGCUACAACUAUAACCGCAAUCAGCAUUCAAACAAAGGUUAUUCCAAGGGUGGAAAAAAGCAGAAUCACAAGCAGAAGCGUGACUGGCGUACGGAUGAUGGGCAAUUGAACAAUUGGACUCGAAGAGAGUCGCAAAACACCUCCCACAAAAAUGGGAGGCCUGCAGCAAAACGACAACAGCGCCGCUCACCUUCACCCUCGUUGGCUCGAUCCCGGUCCCCUGCUGAUUCGUACCGUUCCCGACGGUCUUCCCGCGGUCGCUCGCACUCCUCAGAUUCGCCUAGACGUCAACGGAGGGAUCCGAGUCGCGUGGGCCGUGCUGGUGGUCGCAGUCGUAGUCCCACUGACAGGAGUCGCGGCGGCGACUGGAAUAAACGGCCAAGGAGGUAUUCCAGAUCACCAACAUCGUCACCCCCAAGUCCUCGCAGUACGGACAGUCGAGGGCGGAGACGUCCACGAAGCCUCUCUUCGGUUACUAGCACGAGCAGAAGUAGGAGCCGGAGCCCCAGUCGAAGCCCAAAGGAGCGGCCACGCACGGUGCAUCGAUUGCCUGUUGCCACGUCAAUAAGCGAUAUUGCCCUAUCACUUUCUAGGACCCCUCUACCUCGAUCGACGGACGUAUUACCCAUUGCCAGGCAGAAUGGGAAAGCUGAUACUAACGGGAAGCGUGCUGAGCGUAUGCUCCCCUCAUCACGAAGUGGGAGAAAACGUGCCGAACCAAACGACGAUGUGUCUAUGCCACCACCGUCAGAUCUACCCAAUCUUUCGCGGACGCCUUUACCCGCAUCCCCUACGAGUUCUCCCACAGACGCGCGCCGCAGAUCCUCUAGUACAGCUACGCAGCGUAUCAUCUCAUCCAAGAGUGCGGGGUUCAGGCCUAUUGGCCAGGCUAGUUCUGCCGUUAAGAGGUUCUUUCCAGGAGAUGAUGAUGAGGAGCCUGAGACGAGCGCCGAUCGUCAGCCAUCCCGCAUUUCUCCUCCUUCUACAACUCAGUCUCGACUUUCGACGUCUGUCUCCACUUCACAGUCAGCCACUGAUGUUAAGCGGACACGCGUGGAGAAAGAAAUUAUACCUGCUCAUCGCCAGCGGGGCGCGGAAAUGUUCAUUUCUGACGAACAUAGGUCUUCUCUCCUUCCGAAGAACGAAGUUCGACCCUCGGGAAUCUCUGGUCGCCGACAGGAGACGUCUUGCCAUUCAUCCCUUCUUGAAGACACGGGGAUGUUUGUCGACAGCCAGCAUGGGGAGGUUCGCUUUCAGGUGCAGGACGCCGGACCAGAGACCGAUAUGACGAGACCUAUGACCCCUGUCAAAGACCCAAGGGAUGAGCUAUAUGCCAUCAUCAGCCAGGUUGGUGAGGGUACAUUUGGCAAGGUCUACAAGGCACGGAACACCAGUAAUGGGAGGUUCGUUGCACUUAAGCGGAUUCGCAUGGAAGCAGAACGAGACGGCUUCCCCGUCACCGCUAUGCGAGAAAUCAAACUUCUUCAGUCUCUACGUCAUGCCAACGUUGUCAGGUUGUACGAAAUGCUGGUUUCUAACGGUUCUGUCUAUAUGGUCUUUGAGUACAUGGAUCACGACUUAACCGGAGUGCUCUCUCAGACUCAAUUUACUUUCUCUCCGGCCCAUCUCAAAUCGUUUUGCCGUCAAAUGCUUGCAGGUCUAGCUUAUCUUCAUCACAAGGGAGUUAUACACCGGGACAUCAAGGGUUCCAACAUCUUGAUCAAUAAUCGGGGAGAGCUAAAGCUUGCAGACUUUGGCCUGGCGCGGUUCUAUCAAAAACGUAGGAAGAGCGACUACACCAACCGUGUCAUCACUCUUUGGUAUCGACCUCCAGAACUGUUGUUCGGAAGCACAGUGUAUGGUCCUGAAGUCGAUAUGUGGAGUGCUGGAUGCAUCAUGCUCGAGCUGUUCACAAAGAAGCCCGUCUUUCAAGGUAAUGACGAGAUUCAUCAGCUCGAUGUCAUCUACAAGAUACUAGGAACUCCUACCGUUGAACGAUGGCGGAAUGUCACGAGUUUACCUUGGUACGAACUUGUUAAACCCAAGGAAAUGAUACCAAAUCAUUUUAGAAGCCUAUUUGACAAAUGGCUAUCUAGCGCUGGCCUUGACUUGGCGGAGCGGCUAUUGACAUACGAUCCCGCACAACGCAUCACAGCAUUGCAGGCCCUCGAUGCCCCUUACUUCUGUCAAGAACUGCCUGAGCCCACGCCACCCGUCGGACUUUCUACACUGGAGGGAGAGUGGCACGAAUUGGAGACUAAACGCGAACGUGCCAAGAAGCGCAGGAAGAUUGAGGGGUAA